AUGGAUGAGAAGAGUCCUUACGAGUUUGACGAUUUAGUAUCUCUGAUGCAAGAGAAUUUUUCGUCAAUAAUUGAAAAAGUCAAAGGACUAAAGAUUCUUGUACUAGAUAACACCACGAGCAGGAUCAUUUCCCUUGUUCUUACACACUCCUAUCUCCUACAGAAUGAAGUUUUAUUAACUCUUAAUAUUAAUAGUUUGAAUUUGGAUUCAGGCGGAAUAAGCGUUGACGAUGGGCCUGAUCGGUUGAUUUCAGGUUCCGACCCCAACCUCAGACAUCUCAAAUCAGUGUUUGUAAUUGAACCUAAUGUCGAUAACGUCAACAAGCUCUGCUCUGAACUCAAGUGUCCCACAUUUAAGUCGUACCACCUCUUCUUCACCAACAAACUUGACGAGGGUUUUCUUGAAAUCCUUGCCAGAGCUGACCAGUUCAACAUUAUCAACGGAGUCUACGAGUAUUUCAUUGAUAUAAAUAUUUUACAUACUAAUAUGUUCACAAUUAAUAACACUCCCCCUGCAAUUAACAUUAACACCAAUAAUACUGCUAAUAUGCUUAGUGUGAAUAUGGCGGAAACAGAUAAGUUGGAUAAUAGGAUGAUGAAAUGUGUGAAUUCAUUAUUUUCAGUUUGUUGCUUGUUGAACCAGAUUCCAACAAUAGUUUACAGGCGAAAUGAUGUAAUUUCACAAACUUUGUCAAACAAAUUACAAAUGCUUUUUAACAAUAAUAACUUAAACUUACAAUCCAUACUACAACAGUAUAACAAGUAUAAUAAUAAGUUGACUGGUGUGGAAGGAGUUGGUUGCGUGCUGUUGAUAUUGGACAGGAAAGAUGAUUUGGUAGUACCUUUAAUGAAUCAAUGGACGUACAGAGCAAUGAUCCAUGAACUGAUUGGAAUUAACAAUAACAAAGUGGUGGUGGACGACUCGGAAUUUGUGCUCAAUGACCAGUUCUUCAACUCUCACAUCUUCCACGAGUUCAUCCAUGUCGAAGAAGAUCUUAACACGCUCAUCUCACACAAUAAACUCAACACCAUCAACACUGUUAAUACCGUAAAUACCAGUAUUAAUGUGGGUGGUAAUACUAUGAAUACCACCAAUAAAGUUGAUGGUGUUAACACCACUUCUAUGGUGGAAAAUGUUUUGGAAAAUUUGCCCGAAAAAAAUAGAAUGAUAAAUGACGUGAUGAAGCAUGUGAAGAUAUUACAUGAAUUAUCCAAGAUAAUACAGAAGAAUAAGCUGUUGGACUCCGGUUUGUUGGAGCAGGAUAUCGCUACCAAUAGAAGGAACACAUUGAAUGACGUGAUUGAGUACAUCACAGACAAGAACAAUUCCUACUACGAAAAGGUCAGAAUCGCACUUCUGUUUGUCCUCACCUGUAAUGACAGUGUGAAGAUUAAGAAGGUUAAGGACUAUUUGAUUAUGGGAAAGAUGAACGAGUUGGUGGCUCUAGUUGACCGUGCCGCUGACCUCAUAAAGGGUAAAAGAAGAAUGAACAAGGAAGAAUUCACAUUAUCAACUCUAAAGGAUAAGAUAACUAAAGUUUCUUUAGAUACUCAAAGUCCUUAUUUACAAUUCAAAUCUAACCUUUAUACAACUACAUAUAAUCUAAUCAGGGGUAAAUUGGAUACUGAGAUGUAUACUAUGGUUCCAAGUGCAUAUGAUCUAGGAUACACACUCAAACAUAAACCUGCAUCAGUAACUCAUUACAACAACUAUACUAAUUACUUAACUAUAUUAAUGACCAAUACUAAUAUUAAUAAAUCCAAUAAUAUGGUUGAUGAUAUUGAUUUAGGUAAUAAUAUUUAUAGUUGGAGGAGUAACUUAUGGAGAAUCUUGUGA